AGCCGUUUUUAAGAUUGAUUACUAUCUGGUAACACUAAAAACAUUUUAGACACCAUUCAAAACAAAUUUUUAACAAUUUUUUAUUAGAUAUAGGAUUUUAGUGUGUUUUAUUCGAACAAGGAUACAUUUUUAAAGCUAUAAACAAAUAUAUAUACUUUUUGAGUUAAGGUUUGGUUUUAUUUUAUUGCCAAACGCCAGGGAAUAACUUGUAAGGAUGAAAGUGUGUCGCCUGUGUCUGGCAAAGGACGCCAACUUUCCUGUUUUUUCGGUGUCGACUGCCGUAAAGAUUAUGGCCUGUACAUCGGUUGAGGUGGAUCCGACGGAUGGUCUGCCUCAACUUAUUUGUCCUGGCUGCCGUCUGCGACUCGAGGAGUACCACCAUUUCCGGCGCAGGUGCCAGGUAGCCGACCGCAGAUUAAGGCGCGACGCGCGAAUCGACUUGAAGGACGAGGACAAUGAUGCGCUACAAGAUGUGGCAAAAUGCACAGCCAAUGCCUGUUCCGAGAGCAACGCUCAGUGGCGGAAGCAAGCGGCUCAGCUCAUACGCAAUGAAAUCAACGCAUACAAAAGAGAAUUACUGGCCAACUGCAAGCAGACGGUGCGCCAAGAGAUCGAGGAGGAGGUACGUCGUGAGAUUGAGACCGUUCUGAUGGAGCAGGCCAGGCAACAGGUUCGCCUUGGCGUUCUCAAUGACCUCUUUGAAGAAGUUGAAGAUUUCUUCAUUCGGAAACGCAACGAAACUGCCUACGAGCACUUUAACGGUUCCGAAAGCGUCAGUUCCGAGAUGGUCGACAAAUUUUAUGAAGGGGAACUCCCCCAACUGGAUGAUCUGAAUCCUGUCAACGUAAGCCUCGUGGACCUCGUCGACGAAACAGACCUUCAAAACUCGAGCAACUCGGAAAUUCCUUCAUGUUCUGUACCUCCUGCCUCCGAAGUGAUUGUUCCCGUGCCAAUGGUGGAAAUUAACAUGACAAACACCCAACUUUCCCACCUUCGUGAGGAAUUCCACAGUGAUAUCUUUUUAGGUGAUCAAACUCCACCUAAAACCGCAAAAAAGAUAAAAGAAGUUCCUUCCAAUCCAGAGCCAAUUCAGAAAAAAGUACGAUUUUCCAGCCCUAUAAAGCAACCCACGUCUUGUCGCAAGCACAAGCCGUCUAAUAAGCGCCCUAAAAGCCCCAACUGUAUGCGCUGUCGGCUCAGAGGGGCUGAUAAGAUGAAUCGAAGCGUUUCAUAAUGUUCCCACAUUAAAUACGAGUACCUUUAAAAUAUAUUUUUUUUUAGAAAAAGUAACAGAGAUAUAAAUAAAUCAUUCCUAACUAA